AUGGAGGCCCUUCUAUUCAACGUAUCGACUGGUUUUCUGGAGGGCAUUGUUAGGGGGUACAAGGCGGGUCUCCUUACCCAAAACCAGUACAACAACCUCGUCCAAUGCGAGACUAUUGAGGACCUCCGGACACAGCUGUCCUCCACGGACUAUGGCAACUUCCUCGCAAAUGAGCCUCUUCCCAUCUCCACCUCGACCAUCUCGGACAAGGCGACGCAACUACUUGUGGACCAGUUCAACUACCUCCGGAGCAAUGCAACAGAACCUUUAAACAAGUUCCUGGAGUACAUGACGUACGCGUACAUGAUUGACAACGUCAUACUAAUCAUUACCGGGACGCUGCACGGACGGAACACCAACGAGCUGCUUCAACGGUGCCACCCUCUAGGCGUAUUCGACACGAUGCCCGCGCUCUGCGUUGCUACAAACGUGGAAGAGCUGUAUCACACCGUCCUAGUCGAGACACCCCUCGCCCCCUACUUCCGCGACGCCGUCUCCGCUGCAGACCUCGACGACCUCAACAUCGAGAUCAUCCGCAACACGCUCUACAAAGCCUACCUCGAGGACUUCGACGCCUUCUGCCAGUCCGUCGGCGGGCCCACCGCGGACGUCAUGCACGCCAUCCUCGCCUUCGAGGCCGACCGCCGCGCGAUCAACAUCACCAUCAACUCGUUCGGCACGCAGCUCACCAAGGAGCAGCGCGCCAAGCUCUUCCCCACCAUCGGCCGCCUCUUCCCUGAGGGCAACAACGCGCUCGCCCGCGCCGACGACGUCGACCAGGUCCGCCAGGCCGUCGACCCCAUCGCCGAGUACCGCGCGUUCUUCGACACGUCCCCCGGCGCUCGCCAGCCGAACGGCGCGGGCGCCGGGGGCGGAGAGAGCACGGCGAAUCUGCUUGGGGACUUGGGCGUGAGCGACGAGCUCGGCGCCGCGGCGGACCUGGAGGACCGGUUCUUCGUGCACGAGGUGCACCUGAACAAGCUCGCGUUCCUGCAGCAGUUCCAGUACGGCGUGUUCUACAGCUACAUCAAGCUGAAGGAGCAGGAGAUCCGGAGCAUCACGUGGAUAGCGGAGUGUAUCGCCCAGAACGCACGCGACAGGAUACAUGACUUCAUCCCCACCUUCUGAGCUCUGUGCUCGAAGGGGGGCUGGUCGUUGCUUGCAUAGCUUACGCUACCUGUCGAUGGACUUCGUGAUCAUAUACCUUUUGCACGAUACAAGAUACGACACUGCGACCAUGAUGCUCCUGACCAUUCACCGUUUGUGUUCAAGCGAUCUCAAGCCAAUGGUCAGAAGCAAUCGAUAUACGAUGCGUGACAUUGAC